CAACACACCCACGAAGAAGAAGAAGAAAUAAUUUUGGACAAUUUUGGAGGUUAUGAAUGUGGGACACCCCAAUGAAUGGCUGUCAUUUUCUGAAUUAUGUCGAUACCAUUGGAGGCGUAAAGGGUAGUGCGUGGAGAAUUGAUUUGUGCAAAGAGAACGUAAAUUGGGGUAUUUGGGAGUGCGCAAAAAGAAUCCAGAAAAAUGACCAUAAAACCACUUAUUAAUCAAAAGAGCAAAGACGAGGGCAACAAAGAGGAGCAAACCCAGAACAAUAGCCCUCAGCGGGAGAAGAGGAGCCACAGUAGUGGUCAUGUGUACGGUGAGGAGAAUGUGGGACGUCACCGGAGGACCCCGCAAAAGGGAUGUGGACUGCGGAAGCGCGAGAAGAGGGAGCGAGGUGAACGUGAGAAACCUCUGGGUAGCUCAAGUCCACACAACAACAACAUCUCAAGCGCCACAACGAGUCACGAGAGAACAGGCGCAGCAACUUCGGGAAAUGUACGUGAACUCCUCGAGGAGUCCUUUUCGGGCUACAACAGCGGUGAUGAGCACAUUGGGCAACGGGAUGCCGUUCUCACGCCCGAAGAGUGGACGGAGCGUGAUGAGAAAUUCGUAAAAGCCAUGUCAGAGAGGGGGCUAAUUGUGAAGGAGAUUGCUGAGGACGGUGCCUGCCUCUUCCGGGCCAUUUCACUGCAAAUCUACGGUGAUCAAGACAUGCACGAAGUGAUACGGAAGCAAGCUUUGGACUACAUUUACCAAAAUCGCGAAUACUUUGCCCAAUUUGUCACGGAGGACAUCUCCAGCUAUGUGCAGAGGAAGCGUCAGAAUCACGUCCAUGGGAAUCACAUUGAAAUCCAAGCCAUGUCUGAAAUUUACAAUCGUCCAGUGGAGUUGUACUGCUAUCAGACGAAACCGAUAAAUAUCUUCAAUCCGGGACAAUGUGACAAUGGUUACGAGCCACUUAGGCUCUCGUAUCAACGCUGUUCCCACUACAAUGCCAUUUUGGAUCCUUUUAAGGCAUCCGUGGGCGUUGGUUUGGGCUUGGCAGGGUAUAAACCCGAAGAUUUGGACGUAAAGCAGGUACGGGAUGCUGUGCGUCUCAGUGAGGAUCUCGAAAUUGAGCAGACAAUGUUCGAAGAUAAGCUGAAGACAACCGACUGGGAGGCUACGAAUGAGGCGAUUGAGGAACAAAUUGCCCGGGAGUCGUAUCUUCAGUGGUGCCGUGAGCAGAGGGCACAAAAGUCAUCCGGAAGUAGUUCAACGGUGACUUCAACGGCGGUUAGUGGCAAUAACAUGGGAGCUGGCUCCUCGACGAUGGAUCUCAGGGCGGAGGUGUGCUCCACAUCCACGGAGAAUGCCACAAGUCGACCGAGUGACACGGAAACAGGGAGUGGUGGGAAUUCGCCAUCGUGUGAACGGCAACGACGACGACGGAGGCGCCUUGAGGAGGAGACUGCAACAUCCGAAGGGAGCGACAGCAAAAAGGCCAAACGACGUCCGCAAUCUGGUUCGAAUAGCCCCGUGGGGACACCCGCCUCGACACCAGGACCUUCCAGUCGUGAGGAGAGUCCCGAUGAGAAGCCCCUAUCGCUUUUCUAUCGAUCUCUCCUUGAGUCUUCAUACGCUGAUGACGGCGACAUUCAAAUGUCCGAGACAGAGAUGAUUCAGAAAGCUCUUCACAUGUCACGCGUGGACUUCAUUAAGGUCCGACAAAAGCAUUCGGACUAUGAUUCACCGUAAAAAAAGGCAAAAAAAAUCUUCCUCUAAUACCUUUUACCCUAAAAAAUUGUACACAAAACAAAUUUUCAAAUUCUUCCCCUUUUUCUGCAUCUUUCGCGCAUUUCUAGGCUACAAAAUAAUGUUCCAGAGCAGAUUAAUCCAUAUAGCGCUGUCUCUUCAGCACAGUUUGAUGUGUAAAAUAUUUUUUUCUUAUUUGCGCAAAUUCCCCAUUUAUUCGGUCUAUUGAUUUAACAGCGGGCACAUUUUUUUACACUCAACGCAGUAAAAUUCUAGGUGGUUCUCAACUUUAUAUACCGAACAGACUAAAAAAAAUCGUGAUUUUUAUUGGUAUAUAAUGUGGAUUAACAGGAUUCCAAUAAAGAGAAUCUUCUCGAAAAUUAAUAAAAAUUUCUUUGUGGAAAGAGAAUAUUAAUGAGUGAAAAAAUUGCCACCUUGUACAAUAAAUUCCCCAUCUUUUUUUGUUAUGUAAUUUAUCAUUAAGCGAUAAAUAUAUAUCUUUUUCUUGUGAUUAAAACCAUUUUAUGCCCUCAUUUAGACACUUAUUUGGUGUAAUUAAAGAUAUUUUAAAGAAAAA